GAUGUCGGACCAGCAGCGAGCCUCACUCUGCCCACGCUUGGUCGACUACAUGGCCAUUGUGGGGGCACACACGACGCCGCCGAUGCCCAAGGGACUGCAGGGCUUCAAGGCACCGCCGGUGCAGGUGCCCGACUUGCUGCGCCGCUACCCGCCCUCGGACCACGCGGACUUCCCCCUGCCCCUGGACAUGGUGUACUUCUGCCAGCCGGAGGGCUGCACCAGCGUGGGGCCGCGUCGCACGGGCUCGGCCAUCCGGGACAUGACCUCGUUCGUGUUCGCACUGACGGACAAGGACUCGGGAAAGACGCGCUACGGCAUCUGUGUGAACUUCUAUCGGCCCAUCGAGCGGCCCAGCACUGUGGCGGGAUCGGCAGCGGCUGCCAGCGAGCGGCAGGGUGCUGGCGGCCAUGCAGCUGGUGGAUCGGGCAACGGCGGCCCUGGCGGCGGCGGACGGGGCGGACGACGCUCCUCCGCUUUCCGGCGGGAGUCGUGGCGCAAGAGCAUGGAGCGCAGCUCGGACUCGGCGUUCAGCAGCGACUACAGAAGUAACGUAGCGCCCAGCGACUCGGACCGUGAACUCACCUCGCGUCGCGACUCUGAUCAGCAGCGCCUCCACACGCACCACCACCACCACCAGCAGCAGCAGCAGCACCAACAGCCACCGGCGCCCACAUCGGUGCCAAAGCUCGGCUUGAUGGCCCCGUCGGCGGAUUCGGAGUCCGGCGGCAGCCACUCGCCGUCACCGCGCGCCUCCCGCAAGCGGACAAAGCUGCGCAAUCAGUCGCUCACCUCGCUGUGCAUCAUCUCGCACCAUCCGUUCUUCACGACCUUCCGCGAGUGCCUCUUCAUACUCAAGAAGCUGAUCGAUGCCUGCAACGAGUCCUCCUCCCCCAAGCGUGUGGGCGCCUCCCAGAAGCUCAAUCGGGACAACGUGUGGACGGUGCUGACCGGUCAUGUCAGCGAUGCGACGCCCUCGAUCGUGUUGCACGAUGUGCGCGAGAUCGAGACGUGGAUACUGCGCCUCCUCUCCACCCCGGUGCCAGUGCCAGGCUCCACGCGCGUGGAGGUGGAGGUGCUGUCGCCCACGGUUCAUGAGCCCCUGCUGUUCGCCCUGCCCGAUCAUACGCGCUUCUCGCUGGUGGACUUCCCGCUGCAUCUGCCGCUGGAGCUGCUCGGCGUGGAGACCUGCCUGCAGGUGUGGACCCUCAUCAUGCAGGAGAACAAGGUUCUGUUCCAGUCGCGCGACUACAACGCCCUAUCCAUGUCGGUGAUGGCCUUUGUCACCAUGCUCUAUCCGCUGGAGUAUAUGUUCCCGGUCAUUCCACUGCUGCCCACCUGCCUCAGCUGUGCCGAGCAGCUGCUGCUGGCCCCCACGCCCUUUGUCAUCGGCGUGCCGGCCUCCUUUCUGGUGUACAAAAAGAACUUUAGGCUUCCCGAUGACAUUUGGGUGGUGGACCUGGACUCGACGAAGCUGACACCGCCCACCGGCGGCUACGAGGAGAUACCGCCCUUGCCAGAGCCCGAGGGCACCAUCCUAAAGAAUCACCUGAAGCAGGCAAUGCUACUAAUGGAUGAAGCUGGACUUGGUGCACUCACCUCAAUGACGGCCAGCAACCAGGCCGUGUCCUCGCAGCAACUGCUACCCUCGGUGAGGGACAGCCUCCAGGAGCCGCCAUUGCUCGGGUAA